AUGGAGGCCCUCAAGCGCAAGAUCCAUCCACCUAAGCUAACAAAACGAUCCAACCAGCCCAAGUUUGAGCUACAUCUCAAGCACCGCGGGCGCACGCAAAAGUGCCCCAUUGCUAACCACCGUGUUGAUUACAACUACGGCAAGUUCGUUCCCUCUGUUCGCAUCUCGAUUGAUCGCAAUUCGAGCUUGUCCGAGUCUUUCAUCGAGUUCGAGGUGCUCCAAGAAUUUCCUAUCGGCGGUGCUACCCGCGAUGAGCGCAUCCCACUUGGAAUGGUGAGUCUUCCCCGAGUCUACGGCGACGAUCAAGUUGAGGAGGGCAUCGCGCGGAGGUACCUCAUGCAAGACAGCAAAAUCAACAGUACCCUCAAGAUUGGAAUCCUCAUGGUUCAGAUUGAUGGCGAAAGGAAUUACAUCGCGCCACCGCUAAAAACCGCCCCCGUCUUUGGUGGCAUCGCCGGAAUCAUGGCUGGCGAUCAAACUGAACAGGACGAGCCUGGCCAAAUGGCCGUGACUUCCAAGUCCCGCGACGCCGCCGAAGUCCAGGACCUCUACCGCCGUGCUCUCGCCGCCUCUUGGUGCGCUCAACCCGACGAACACCCGGCAGAUGCCGUCAUUGAGAACAUCUUCUCCGGGGGCGACGGCUGGAACCUUUCCUCCGCCCGCCCGUCAACGGCGCGGCCCCUUCCGUCCUAUUCCACCAACCGCAUCAGCCCGGACGACGACUUGGAGUCCAGCGGAAGCAUCUCCGAGGACGAAGGUCAAGGCGGUACUCUGCGGCCCUCGGAUAUCCGCAGGGCCCAGCGCCGCUUCGGGCACAGAAAGCACGCGCUUACGCUAACCUCUCAAAGAAGCUCCCACACCAUACGCGACGAGAGGACGGCCGCACCCAGAACUCCCGUCAAAGAAGAGGAAUCACGUAGAUCGAGAAGCGGCAGCUUGGCGAGUCUAGCGCCUACGCUAGGGAGCAGUGAUCGCGGAGCGAGUCCCGGGAUGAAGAGGGCCAAGGAGAUUAGUGAGACGGAGGCUCGGGAAGAUCUCGUGGCAUGGAGAUUAGGAGCUAGGACAGCCAGGAUUUGA